GCAUUUUUCCGCCAACAGUAUGGACUCCGUUGACAAUCCAAGAAUGCCUCGUGCAACUUCAGAUCGUUUCUCGCGUACCCACCAGUCGUCAAUAAAAUCAGCCGCUGCAUCGUCUUCAUCUAAAAACCAUAGUGCAAAUGAAGGGACUUCAGCCGGCGUCCGUAACCCAAUAUUCAAUACAGAAAGAUUUGGACAACAUAUCUUGAAGAAUCCGCAGAUUGCUCAAACUAUCGUAGACAAGGCAAACCUUCGUCCCACGGAUAAAGUCCUCGAAGUUGGUCCUGGUACAGGUAACCUUACUGUCAAGAUUCUUGAAAAAGCCAAAAAUGUCACCGCUGUUGAGAUGGACCCACGGAUGGCAGCUGAGUUGACGAAGCGAAUUCAGGGGAAACCAGAACAACGAAAACUAGACAUAAUCAUCGGAGACUUUGUAAAAACCGAUCUCCCAUAUUUUGAUGUAUGCAUAUCCAACACACCCUAUCAAAUAUCAUCACCCCUUGUCUUUCGCUUGCUCUCUCAUCGACCAAUCUUUCGCGUAGCAAUCCUCAUGUUCCAGAGGGAAUUUGCCAUGAGGCUUGUCGCUCAACCUGGAACAGAGCUUUGGUCGCGGCUAUCCGCCAACGUACAGCUUUAUUCGAAGGUGGACCUGGUGAUGCACGUGGGAAAAAACAACUUCCGACCAGCACCACAAGUUGAAUCGUCAGUGGUCCGACUGGUGCCUCUUAAUCCUCCUCCCCCCAUCAAGUUCGAGGAAUUUGAUGGGCUAGGUAGAAUCAUCUUUUCGAGGCGAAAUAAAAUGGUGCAUGCCACAUUCAUGGCAAAAGGCGUCAUCGAGAUGCUGGAAAAAAACUGGAGAACGUGGUGCUCGACACAAAAUAAGAUGAUCGAUGAACACACAAACAUGAAAGCUAAAGUAGAAGAAGUCCUCAGCUCAUCGGGAUACUCGAAACAGCGGGCAGCCAAGAUGACUCUUGACGAUCUCCUAAAAUUACUAUCCGCAUUUCACGAAGAGGGUAUACAUUUUGCUUGAUAGGACUUUCAUCUGAUGUAGUGUAUUGUGCUGAAUACACGUCCUGUUGCUACACAUAUGCCAAUCUAUAUGGUAAUUAAUGAUUUCGUUGUCGAUGCACAACCCA